CAGCGGGCUUGUUUGAAAUGAGGAAGCCAUAAAAAAGCAAAAGCGUCUCUGCUGUUAUUGACAACCAUCAUGUGCGGCGUUGUUGUACUAAAACAGACAUUAUAAUGCCAUUUGGAUACGCGCUACUUUUGGAACAUGUUGUUUCGUAGCUCUGACUUGACUAGGAACUUUACCCGCACCAGCAAAAGGAAGUAAACAUUAAUGGCUAACGCUAGCUAAGUUAGCUUGCAGCGGCGUCGCGUCUUUGCCUUGCCACUGUCCUUGCCUCAUUAUUGCGCGUUAAAGCGCACAUCGAAAAGCCACAAUGUCCUCCACGGACAUCCCUCGUAUGCUUGCACUGGAGGAGGAAGUGAGGAGUUUGUCAGAGGACCUGAUGCAAUGUCAGGCCGAUAAAGACUUUGUGUGGUCCCUGUGGAAACGCCUGCAAGUAGCCAAUCCAGACUUGACCCAAGCUGUGAGUUUGGUGGUUGAGCGUGAGAAGCACAAAGCUGAGAUGAAGGACAGGAAGGUGCUGCAGAUCCUCCAAACCAAGGACGACAAGAUACAGGAUCUGGAGGAGCAAGUGUCAAGGAAGCAGCAAGAGAUAAACAAGCUGCUCCAGAGACGGAUGGCCACCGACGACGAGGGUUCUUUAAUGAAGAACGAGCUAGAAGCUGUGCGUCAACAGCUGCUCCGCACGAGCUCGGAACUUCAGGAAUUGAAGACGCAGUGUAGGAGGAAAGAGGAGGCGGCGCAGCAAGUGGUCCGGGCUCUCGAGGAGGAGAAAGAGGGAUUAACGUCCCGCUGUGUCGCCCUGCAAGCUGACCUGGAGGAGAGAGAGAGGCAGGCCAGUGACCAUCGUGACCAGAGGGAGGCUGCCCAGGCCAGAGUCAAGGAUUUAGAGGAAGAAUCGGGCCGAGUUCUGCAGGAGGUAUCCAGGUUGCAGAACCAUAGUAGUACUUUGGCAGCUCGUGUCUCCAUCAAAGAACAGGAGGUGGCAACAAAAGAGGAUCAGCUCCAUAAACUUGGCUGCGAGUUGGCAGAAGUGCAGACGUUGUAUAAACGGAGCACAGAGCACACGGCGGCGCAAAGCCAUCUGAUCAAGCAACUGGAGGGACUCAACAUGGACACGCAGAGAGUGCUGAGGAACCAGGAAGAGGCGCAUACUGCUGACAACACCUCCUGUCAGAGGCUGUACAGCGAGUUGAGUCAGUGCUACCAGAACCUAAUGUCAAGCGAGGCCAAGCUCCGCCAGAGCCACCAGGAGCUGAGCAGCCAGCUGUCUCAGAAAGAACAGCAGAUACUGCAACUCCAGGCCCAGCUACAACAGCGUGAACAUCAGGAUGAGGAGCAACUUCCACCACAGCCACAGGCCCUGCAGACAGCAAUAUACACCUCGACCAUCAGGCAAACCAACUUAAAAGCAGCAGCACCCAAGGAUGGCGUCGCCACAUCUGGGAGGAUUAAUUGUGAGGUGCCAGAGGACAAGGCCCUGCUGCACAUCUCUACUGUCAGAAGGCAGCAGGGUGCGCCCAUGCAGCGAUCCAGGUCUCUGUCCCCAGCCAGCACUGCCGAGAUUGAUCGUGGGAGAAGACGAGGAGCAGAACAAAGGAUUGAAGACCUUGAGGAGUUGCUCCAACUGAAAGUGGAGGAGAACGAAGAGCUGAGGAAGGCCCAUGAUCGGCGACGCGAACGCCUGUGUGUGGUUCAGAAAAACUACAAGGCUGUUAAAGACCAGUUGAAGGAGGCUGAAAGAGCAGAUGACAUACCACGUGGAAGGUUGCCACGUGCACAGCCAUGGCAGCUCAGACAAGAGGACAGCGACGCCGUGUGGAACGAGCUAGCCUACUUCAAAAACCUCACCAGGAAACUCACUCUGGAGAAGACCGGGUUGGAUGAAGAACUGGACAUGCUGCGAGUCCAGUCUGCAGUAGACCGGGCCACUGUGAAAGAACUCCACCUCUGUCUCACUGAACAACACCAGGAGCUGCUUGGCAAAGUGGUGGAGCAGCGUCGGGUCAGAAGAAGCACUCUGAAAAAGCCCUCUGUUUCUUCACAGCGAUUUGAAGAGUCGUUUAAAAAGAUUGAGCAGCUGGAGCGGAGGAUGAUGUCCCUGGAGGGGGAGAGCGAACGGCUGAGGGAAGAGAAACAGCAGCUCCUUGAGGCCAAUGAAGAGUUGGCCCGCGACUGCCGCAAACUCCAAGCCUCGCUGGAUCACAUGCAAACCCAGGAAGCUCUCGCCGCACAGGCUUUGGCCCAGGGGGAGCGUCAUCGCGGCGAGAUUGUGGCUCUCGAAGCCCGGCUGGCUGCCUCUCGGAAAGAGUCCUCCAAGCUCCAUGAUCAGUUGAUGAAGCUGAGGCAGGAGUUGGGUGUUCUCAGGGCGGCCCGCGACUUCUACAGGAACCGCUCGAUGGGACCGGCACGGCUUGGUGGGACCACUAGCAGCAUUAGCGGCAAGGCUAAGUUGAAAACAAUUAAGCUCAGAGGUUCCAGCCAUCGAAGCGUCAUUCCCAAUCAAGCUGUCAGCUGGCAAGGCCGCAGCCCCAGUCCCUCUAAGGACGAGUGGGAGGACAUGAGCGUGGCGAGCGACAGUGAAGAAUACUCAGACAGCCUCGACAGUGCACCCUCGGGGACGACACCUCAUAGACUACACAAGAGAAAGUUCGACAGGUGUCAGCCGGCUGCAGAGGCGCAGGUGCUGGCGGCGACAAGCAGGAAGCAUGCUGAUGUCGGGGAUCAAGGUAGCGCAGACAACAAACGGCACAAGCGCUGGGAACGUGGGACGAGAGGCGAGAAGAGGAGGAAACGGAUGCUCAUAAAGACCCAUCACGGUGCUGCCUCCUCCUCCUUCUCCACCUCCUCCUCCCUGCUGCAGCGAGUGGAGUCCCUACAGCGGCACAUCAACGUGCUGCGUCGUGCCAGGAAAGAUGCUGUGCUCUCAGCCCAAGAGCUGCAGAGGGCCAAUGAGAAGAUCACAGGACAGCUCAUCUCACUCACUGAGAAACUGAGCAGCAGCAAGCAGCUCACACAGAAGCUCACCUCUGAGCUGGCGGGUGUGGAACAGCAGAAGAAGGUCCUGGAGAUGGAGGUGGAGCAAUGGAGACAGAGUACAUUCCCUCAUCACACGAUGCAAUCGCCAGUAAAUGCCGAGUGCUCCUGCCGGACCCUGGAGGCCGAGGUCAAACAACUGCAAGCCAAAAUCAGGAGUACAAGUGCGGAGGUCACGAGGCAGGUGGCGGCUAACAAAGCCCUGCGAGGCCAACUGCAGGAGAAGGACGACAAGCUCCGCCAGCUGCAGGACAAAGCAAGCCACGCCGAGCGAGACGCAGGAAUGAAAAGGCAGCUGGUGGACGACCUGAAGACCAGGCUGAAGUUCCUGCAAGAGAUGGAGAAGAGUGCCCGCAGCCAGGUGGAGGAGCUGGAGAAGAAGGUCAAGUCGUUAUCAGAGGAAGCCUCCAACAGAAAGGCCUUCAUUGAGUCUCUAAAGAGGAGGCUGAAUGUGGCCACCACAGAGAAAAGCCAGCAUGAGGCCUCCUGCACCAAACUAAAGGAUGACCUGGAAAAAAAGGAGCAGCGCAUUCAUGCCCUCCAGACUCGUGUGGGAGCCAGCGAGCAGGCCUUGGCUAGUCUGGAACACGACGCCACUACGCAAAUGGAGAGAAUGACCCAGCAGAGCUCCCAAGCUUUGGACGGGCUUCAGAGGCAACUUGGCCAGGCCUCCUCCCAGCUGGAGCAGCUUCACUCUUUCAUCAAGGCCCUGGCGAGUGAGAUACUUUUAGAGGUGCGCGAGGUCAAGCAGCAGCUGAUGAAGAGGAGGAGGUUGAGGCAGGCCGGCGCCUCAGCCAAGUCCAUGAUCAAAGCCAAGUCCAUUGCUGCCUCCAUCCUCAAUAUGUCGGAGAACGAUCUGGCAGACAUAAUGGACUCAGACCAGGGGACAGAGACUCUUUCAGAUCAGGAUUGGCUGGAUCAUCUAAACCACAUCCUCCAGCAAAAGAUCCCCUCUGCUGGCCAGCUAAUGGAGGCUUUGUGCGUGAAGAUGAAGGAGAGGAAAGUGCUGACAGAAGAGCUGGCCACGCUGGCAGGAGCCGCAGCAGUCAGCGAAAAAGCCUGACUCCCCGGGCUGAGGCUGGGAAAACUGUCAUCCUCUUCUUUUUCCUCUACCAUCCCCCCCCCCCCCCCACCACCCUUUUACCCCGCUCCGACUCGGUGGGAACUCGAACCGAGCUCUGUAUUUGCGAAAGGGAAGUGCUUCGAACCCACAGCGGGCCGAGUUUUUGUAAUGAGCCCUGGACAUCUGUGUUAGCGCCCACUGUCUGUCAGAGAAAAGGUCUUUGUAGCGCCUCUACUCUCAGCCAAGACCUGGGGUGAUGCUUACACUAAGCCUACACUUUUAUUUCCCUUUCCCUCAUUUGGGAUAUCAAAUACUUUGAGGUACGGGGACUCGACCUAACAACACUUUGACAGUCUUGAGGUUUUUACUCUUUUAUGGGAUUUUUUCAUUCAUUCAUUUUCUACCGCUUAUCCUCACGAGGGUUGCGGGGGAUGCUGGAGCCUAUCCCAGCUGUCUCCGGACGAGAGGCGGAGUACACCCUGGACUGGUGGCCAGCCAAUCACAGGGCUCAUAUAGACAAACAACCAUUCACACUCACAUUCAUACCUAUGGACAAUUUGGAGUCGGAAUUAACCUAGCAUGUUUUUGGAAUGUGGGAGGAAACCGGAGUACCCGGAGAAAACCCACGCAUGUACGGGGAGAACAUGCAAACGCCAUACAGAGAUGGCCGAGCAGGGAAUCGAACCCGUGUCUCCUAGCUUGUGUGGUAAUUUCAUUCAGUCAUUCAUUUUCUACAUCUUAUCCUCACAAGGAUCGCGGGGGUGCUGGAGGCUAUCCCAGCUGUCUCCGGACGAGAGGCGGAGUACACCCUGGACUGGUGGCCAGCCAAUCACAGGGCUCAUAUAGACAAACAACCAUUCACACUCAAAUUCAUACCUAUGGACAAUUUGGAGUCGGAAUUAACCUAGCAUGUUUUUGGAAUGUGGGAGGAAACCGGAGUACCCGGAGAAAAGCCACGCAUGCAAACUCCACAUAAAGAUGGCCGAGGAUGGAAUUGAACUCGGGUCUCCUAACUGCAUGUCCUUUUCGGGGACAUCCUAAAUCAUGUAAAUUGCUGAAUAAAAAAACACCCAGAAAUUUGCACCAAAUUGUACGAUUAUAGAGAUUUUUUUAUUGUAAAGCAUGCAUAAUUGCGUCACUUUACCACUUUAAAUAUAUUGGGGAUCAGAAGCCUCUUUCCCUAAGAAAGGGUCUUCGAUCUUUGAAGGAAAUUGUAUAACAUUAUGCUUCCAUCAUUUGAAUAAUAAAGCCAUAUUUGUCAUCUCGUUCUGUAUUUUUCUCCUUCAGUUCAAAGGUCAUCUGUGAAGGUGGCUGACGACAGGGAGGAUCCGGCGCAGAUAUGAUGAUUGACAGCUGACCGGGAAGUGGGAGGGUGUUAACCCCUGCUGUUCAUCAUUAACAAGCGCACAGAGAACACAGGUUCCAUCCUUGACACCUUCUUCCCGCCGCUCUUAUUAUUAUUCACUCCGGAUAGGAAGGUCUCCUCUGUCCUUGAGCUGGCCUCCUACACAGGAGACCACCACCAUCUUUCUUCUCCCUCCCCUCACCUCCAUCUGAGUGCUUGUUUUUUCUUUUUGCUUUUCUUUACGUUAUGCAUAAUUAACAGCGCCAAAGAAUCUCUCCGUUAAAGAAUUUAAAAGAAGAAAUAAUUCCACUUUUUAAUCACUCCUUCCCUCCCUCCCUUCUCAAGUAUAUGCUAAUGAUGUCGUUUUCCUUUAUCUUUUUAUAAUAAAGGAUUAGGCCGAGGACUGUCUCCGACUGCAUCUCGGGGACCAAUUUAGCAGAGAUCCAGGAGAGACGAGCCCUGGUGGUUAAUUACCAUUCAUUAACAUAGUUUGCAUCUCCUCUGCUCCAAUACCCACGAGCCAGCUAUUGUCAAUAUUUGUCCCAUAUAAAUUCCUUGCCUGUUUUUUUUUUCCCCUCGUCUUUUUGUCGCUGUCCUAUACAGCGUCGCUAAUGACAAACAUUAAUAAUAACUCAGAGCAGUGAAAGCACCAUGCAAAUGAGCAGACUCAGCUUCCUUUUGCGUAGUCAACAUGUUUUUGCGCCGUGCUAUUCCUGUGACAUAUUCAAAUGCGGGCCCUCUCGGGUUUAAUUAACCUGGCCUUGCCUCUGACGCUCCCUUGGUGAAGACGUUAAAAUGCACAAAUGUCCCGCUCCAGACAUGUUUUUUUUUUCUCCCUGUGUCGGAAUGGCAUGCCGUUCCUUUCCCUUUCUUCGCCGUCCUCCUUGUCUUCCGCUCGUCUUCCCUUGUACUGCUCUCAUUAAGAGGGAGGCCUCCUUUGGGAGCAACUUUGAUCACUUCUUCCAAAUGCAAACUUCUCUUCCCUGUUUAUUCAUUCCGACUCUGUCAUUUCUCCGCCUCUGCCUUCACUUUGGCCACACUUAACAACGUCUCUCUUUUCCUGCCAAGGUCAAGCUCAUGUAUGGCGCCUUUUUCCCACUUCACCUCCACGCGACUCGCUGUUGGUGCAUUUCCCAUUGUCAACACAGGCUGACUGAGAAGAUACAUCACUUGUCACAUUAGAGAGCGGGAAAUGACAGUAGUUAACGCACAUGCUAACAUUAGCUAUGGAUGCUCCAUUUGGCUACAGUGGCCGGGACACUCCAUAGUCUCUACUUAGCUGCAAUGCUGUUUUUCCUCUUGAACCAAAUUUGUCUCAGUUAUUGUUGGCAUUUCUCAUGACGGAUUACCUCACCUUCCCUUGUCGCUGUGCCCAGUACUGGUUUAGUCCACAAUCUCCACUUUGCUGCAGGGUUCCAAAUUAUGGCUGCCCUCAGUCUCCAUUUGGACAAAAUGUCUUCUCGCCAUAGCUAACAAUGUGAUCCCUCUCAUGUCUCAUUUGGACCAAUACAUUCUUGACGUUACUAUCCCAAACUGAAACUAGUCUGUGCCAUGGAAAAGCAGCAAGACAAAAACAACACAUUCAGCAACUUCAUAUAGGACUGCAGCGCCACAUUUCCGACACUAUUCCUCCAUUCCUUCCGCCAUUCCCAGAGGGCCGUGGUCAUCAAAAGAGGAGCUUCUUGUCUUUAAGGUGAUGUUGAGGACACCAUCUGCCUUACUUUACUGUAAGAAGAGGUGGAUUAGCGACCCGAGGUCAACCAGUCCUUUAUUCCUUUUUCUUUUUCCCUUUUCCCUCCCAAGGCUUUAGAGAGGCCGCCGCCACGGGGAACGUCCACAGGGACAUAGAGUGUCAGAACACGAAUUAAAGGAUUGUAUGGACCAAGCCAGCACCUGAUAGAAAUACAGAAAUAGCUGUUCAUCACUCAAUUAAUGAAUAACGAGACCCUUAUUGGAUGAUUCUAUACUCUGUUAGUUUUGGGAAGGCAAUUUUUUGUUGCAUGCUUUGAUAACUUUGGCGUGUACGAAACCCUUCGAGGACAUUUUGGUCCAAAAUGACUGACCUCUGCUGCCAUUUUCUGCCAUCUUAUAGCUGUCCCAAUGUUUUUGUCAGUAUAGUGUACAUACCAGUUGGUGCUUUUUAGUCCCCCUUGGCUUUUCUGUUUGAUUCCUGCCUUAAGCAGAGAGGAGGCUCAUGCAGUCGUCAUGAUCAGUAGGGUUAUGUACACAACCUCUAUACCUUUUGAGGUAUUUCAGAUAAAGAUAAAGACUAUAAUUAGGGACCUUCCCUCCAUCCAGUGGAUCAAACAUGGAGGUUAUUAUAUAUGUGGCAAAAGCAUAUUUGGGUGCACGUCAUGUUAUUUCGAAGUGUGCCAAGUGGCGGCGUAAGAAAAGUGUGUCAGGAAAGUAAAGACAAACCACCAGAGAGGUUAAAUACGCAGAAAUUAUUGUUUUUGGAGGCGUACUACGGGCUUUACCCCGACCCUUCCCACCUGGCGCUUACACACACACACACACACCAGACUGAGAAUUAGCUAUCCCUGAAUGCUGCACUAUUAUACUCCACAGUCUCCAUUUGGCUGCUUUGUUGUUCUCUUGAUGCCCUCAGUCUCCUCUUGGAUACAAUUAGGCUCUAUUGGUUUUUUGGACGAGUGGUUAGCGUGCGGGUCUCACAGCUAGGAGACCCGAGUUCGAUUCUACCUUCCGGCAUGUCUGUGUCGGUUUUCUCCGGGUAUCCGGUUUCCUCCCACAUUCCAAAAACAUGCUAGGUUAAUUGGCGACUCCAAAUUGU